GUUGCUAUUUUAUUAUUUGUUCUUGCACUUCGGAGUUCGCAAUAGACAAAAUGGAGUAUUUUAUUGAAAGUGUAAGAAAACAUCCAUGUUUAUGGAAGGUAGACUCGAACGAGUUUGAAGAUAAUGAGAUUAAAGAAGCAGCUUGGAGGAGUAUCAUCGCUUGAUACGUGGGUAUUUAUCAUUCAAGUCCAUAUAAAAGUCGGUAAGUUACAUAUAUAUUUGAUGUCCAUUAUCACAUUAUCUAUUAAAUUAAUCUACUGUUGCUGUGAUUUUAUGUUAAAAUUCAUAAUAUUUAUGUCAUUUUAGCAUGGUGUUCAACUAUGUCUGCUAGAAAACUUAAUUUUUCAACUCCUAUUAUUC